AUGAGCCCCGGCGAAAGCUCUCCUCCGGACGCUGGCCAGCAAUCACGGAUAUUUCUUGCAGUCCCCCGACACUGGGGCAAUAUGGACUGCAAGCCCCAACAGGGUGCCCAAAAAGACGGCGAUAUGAUGCAGCAUUGGCUCCAAGAGGCGGCCAUUGAUGCCCCCUUCAAUACAAUAGCCAUGGUAGCAGUGGCUCAAACUAAGACGCCAGUAGCUCAUGACGACGCUACAUCCAAGCGGAAAUACUAA